AUGGAUAUUCGAUCAACGUUACCGAUUUUAAAUUUUAACGUAAAUUAUCAUAUGCAAGAAUUAAUGGAUGAACGAGCACUAUUUAAACAAAAAUUUGAUAACUGUUACCAAGCAAUCCUAGUUUUAUGUGAGAUUAUACGAAAGAUAUUUCAGUUAAAAGUCGAUAAUAUCGAACAUUUAAAAGAUAAAAUGAAAAAUUUAAAAUUGAAAUUGGAAUUUAUCGAUAUUAAACAAAAGGUGAUGUUUUGUAAAUUACAAGAUUUAAUAUUUAAAGAAACAUCAGAAACGGAAAAAGCUGUUGACAUAGCAAUCAAAGAUUUACGAAAGUCUCAUGAAACAUUAUCAACAGAGAUUACAAAAAUGGAGAAAGAAUUCCUUAUGUUUGAAAAUAUGUCGCGGACAAGUGAAACUGGAAAAUUAGUUCGAAAAUAUAUCAAUUAUAAAGAGGAAAUUAGUCGAAUGGAAUUAGUAAUCAAGGAAUUUAAAUAAGUUGCUGAUUUUAGGAUCCAUAAUUUUUGUAUAUAAUUUUGUAAUUUAAUAAAAUAUUAGAUUA